UUGGUCGAAAGGACGACAAACGUGCGACAAACACUCGACAUGUCCGACAUCGUUUUUUCCAUCGAUUUUUUGAGCGAUCGACAUUUUUAGUCGAUGCUCCUUUGACAGUUGUAACCAGAGUGUCGAUCUUGUUCUGACGUGAUAGAGAAAAUUUUCUAAAUUGUGGUGCAGCUGGAAUAAAAUGUUUUCUCCGUUUUUUUUUAUGUUUUUCUGGUUUAUUUUCGCGCUCGCGUGUCAUAUCGUUUAUCUUUUGCUUUCGGAAAGUGUUUUGUUGUGCGAUUGGUGUUGGAAAAGUGGCUUGAUAUCGAAUAAUUUCAUUGUAAACAGAUGAAACUACAUCGGGAAAUCAACAGCUUACAAGUAUAGAUUAUAAUCCGGCACUUAUACUCCUACAGCAAAUCUUUUGUGUUGUUUAUAUAACAAAUUGCUGGUUGCUACGUACAUGAAAAAUGUGUGGCUAGUGCUCAAAAGAAGACCUGUUUUUGGAAAUCCCAGGAACGUCAAGUUUAUAAGCUCGACCUCGCUUUCAGAACCUGCAAAGGGCGGCGUUUCAAUUCCGCCUCCAAACGAGCGUUCAGCAAACAGGCAGGCCUGGCUAGCGCUCAACUCCACCAUCAAAUGCACGAGGUGCUGUUCUUCGGAGGUCAUGGCGUUCAAAUACGCCGGUGCAGAACCUGCUGGAAUGACCACCGUAGACUCGGCAAGCCUGGCGCUCAUUUCCGCCAUCGAACGCAAGUGGUGCAGCUCCCCAGAGGUCAGGAGACAAACCUGGCGUUCACGCCGGUGCAGAACCUGCUGGACCAAUCAGCGUACAUGAUUAUUCGGUGUUAAAUUACGCCAAACUGACGCGCGCUGAAGGUCGGAACGACCACCGUAGAACCGGCAGGCCUGACGCUCAACUCCACCAUUGAAUGCACGAGGUGCUGUUCCUCGGAGGUCGUGGCUUUCAAAUACGCCGGUGCAGAACCUGCUGGAAUGACCACCGUAGACUCGGCAAGCCUGGCGCUCAUUUCCGCCAUCGAACGCAAGUGGUGCAGCUCCCCAGAGGUCAGGAGACAAACCUGGCGUUCACGCCGGUGCAGAACCUGCUGGACCAAUCAGCGUACAUGAUUAUUCGGUGUUAAAUUACGCCAAACUGACGCGCGCUGAAGGUCGGAACGACCACCGUAGAACCGGCAGGCCUGGCGCUCAACUCCACCA